CUCGGAAGUAUCCGGGUUAAGAUAGCUCCACGUCUCCCUUUGAACGCGCAACCACUGUUUCUAGAGAGAGAGAGAGAGAGAGAGAGAGAGCAGGUGCCCUUGGCCCCGUCGUGGAACUACUCCUAUAUGACAUUCCAAUUCCCCUUUCUUCUCCGUUCCCAUUUUCCUAAACCUGAGAGGUCUGGACAAAACCCUAGAAAGAGAGAAAUUCCCCUGACUUGAUUUCUUCGGCUACAAAGCUUCCGAUUCUGAUUCAGAUCGAACGCCAUGGACGCCACUGUUCCCUCUCGUCUUCUUCCCCGCGUAAAUCCGCCCGCUUUAACUCCCGUUCACAAGUCCUCGCUGCCAUGCCAUCAAAUUGGGAAAUCCAUGUCGACAUGUUGCCAUUCAUCCAAAAGUUCUGGUCAAGAACACACCUUCUCCUGUUCAAACCCAAGUGAUAAACAAACUGGCAUUGUUUGGGGAUCAUCUCUCUAUGGUCCUGUUCAGAAGAGAAACCUGAGCGGGCAAUCCUUUUGUUCUCUGGAAGUGUGUACAUAUCCUGGACUUGAAAGUGAGAGUAAAUCUCCUGCACAUGCUGCAGAAGAAAGGGUUGGAGUUCUGCUUCUUAAUCUUGGAGGACCAGAUACGCUAAACGAUGUUCAACCAUUUUUGUUCAAUUUAUUUGCAGAUCCGGAUAUUAUUCGUCUACCAAGGCUAUUCCGGUUCCUCCAACGCCCAUUGGCACAACUAAUUUCUGUGCUGCGAGCUCCCAAAAGUAAAGAAGGGUAUGCUUCAAUAGGAGGGGGAUCGCCUUUGAGGAAGAUAACAGAUGAUCAGGCAAUUGCCCUUAGAAAUGCACUGGAAGCAAAGGAAACUCCUGUACAUGUCUAUGUUGCAAUGAGAUAUUGGCACCCAUUUACUGAAGAAGCUGUUCAGCAGAUUAAGAGGGAUAGGGUUACAAAGCUUGUUGUGCUCCCACUUUAUCCUCAAUUCUCGAUCUCCACUACUGGAUCAAGCAUUCGAGUCCUUCAAAACAUCUUCAGGGAAGAUGCAUAUUUGUCAAGACUGCCUGUUUCAAUCAUACAAUCGUGGUAUCAACGUGAAGGUUAUAUCAAGUCUAUGGCUGGCUUGAUCGAAAAAGAGUUGGGGAGUUUCUCUAGGCCCGAGGAGGUCAUGAUAUUCUUCAGUGCUCAUGGGGUCCCUGUCAGUUAUGUUGAGGAUGCAGGAGACCCAUAUAGAGAUCAGAUGGAGGAGUGCAUUCACUUGAUAAUGCAUGAGUUGAAAGUAAGAGGAAUCAACAAUGAACAUACUCUUGCUUAUCAGAGCCGUGUUGGGCCUGUACAAUGGUUGAAGCCCUAUACAGACGAAGUACUUGUUGAGCUUGGGGAAAAAGGCGUGAAGAGUCUCUUGGCUGUUCCUGUGAGCUUUGUGAGUGAGCACAUAGAAACUCUUGAAGAGAUUGAUAUGGAGUACAAAAACUUGGCUCUUGAAUCUGGCAUUGAAAACUGGGGCCGUGUUCCAGCUCUCGGCUGCACCUCUUCCUUCAUCACAGAUCUGGCCGAUGCAGUUAUUGAAGCCCUACCUUCAGCCACAGCCAUGACAUCUGCUGUUGAUUCUGACGAAAAUGACCUUGAUCCUGUUGCUUAUGCCAUCAAACUGUUUUUUGGUUCGAUCCUGGCAUUUGUUUUGCUCUUGUCCCCUAAAAUGAUUUCUGCGUUUAGGAAUCACCUCCUCUAAAGGAAAUAAAGAUAUUGGAAGCACUAUUGGUUAUAUACAAGACGCCGGUACAUAGACUAGUAGUUGAAAGUUGAGACAUGGUGGCAAAUUUGUCCAUUCCCAUUUUCCCCCAAUACGGUGGUGAAUUCGUCCAUUCCUAUUUUCCCCCCUUCUUUAUCUUUUGCUUCUUUUCUAUUUUUUUGAUAUAAAAGUUGGAUUUACAGUUCAAAAACAAAAGUUGGAUUUGAUGUCCAUUUGACCUGCUAAAUGAUAGGAGUAUUUUUUUGUCAUUGUCAAGGAGUAUUUUUUGUCUUUGUCAAAGUAACCAGCUUUGGACUGGUGGGUUCGCGUACUUGUCACUUUGCCCUAUUUGGGGGUGAAGUGAUCUGGAUUUGAUUCUUAUGGACAUGAUAUGUUCCUUGGUUGUAA